ACCAGCUCCGCCGAAGCACAUGCGAAGCAACGCCAGCUCGCCAAGGAACGUAAAGCCAGCAAGCCCAACGCCGACAUCAUCGAACGCAGCAAGAAGAUCUGGGAGCGCCUUCGUCGGAAGUCGCACGUCCCGCUUGAUGAGCGUAAGAGACUUAUUGCGGAGCUCUUCGACAUCAUCACCGGCCAAGUGCGCGAUUUUGUGUUCAAGCACGAUAGCGUGAGAGUGGUGCAGUGUGCGCUCAAGUAUGGCAACCUGGAGCAGAGGCGCAUGAUCGCUGAGGAGCUGCGGGGUGAGAUGAGACAGCUGGUAGAGAGCCGGUAUGGCAAAUUUAUGGUGGCCAAGCUGGUCAUUGAAGGUGAUCAAGCGAUCCGCGACUUGAUUGUACCGGAGUUCUAUGGGCAUGUCAAGCGCCUCAUUAACCAUCCUGAGGCGGGAUGGAUCGUUGAUGACAUCUACCGAGGCGUUGCAACUUCGCGGCAGAAGGCAGUGAUGUUGAGGGAGUGGUAUGGCACCGAGUUUGCGUUGGCAAAUCGCGAUGGUGGCGUUGGCGGUUCUGCUAACAGUGAAGAGACGGCUGACCUGAAGUCCAUACUCGAGAAGAAUCCGGAGAAGAGAAAGCCAAUCUUGGAGUUUACCCUUCAGAUGAUAAAUUCUCUUCUACAGAAGAAGAUGACGGGCUUCACUAUGCUCCACGACGCCAUGCUGCAAUACUUCCUUGUGCUCACAUCCGGAAGCGAAGAGCAGACCGCGUUCCUCGAUCUACUGAAAGCAGAUAUCGAGACAAAAGCCGAAGCCAAGGACAGCACAGACGCGAGUGGUGGCGGCGAUCUGUUCCGCAACCUGUCGUUCACCAAGUCUGGCAGCAGACUUGUAUGUCUGGCGCUUGCACAUGGAAGUGCGAAGGACCGUAAGAUUAUCCUGAGGUGCUUCAAGAACCACGUUGAGAUGAUGGCACGCGAUCAGCACGCGUUCAAGGUAGUGGUAACGGCGCUAGAAGUGCCUGACGAUACUCGCAUGACGGGCAAGGGCAUCUUGCACGAGCUUCUAGGGGCUAAUAUUGAGAACGAAGAACAGAGGCACGGUUGGCUUGAGCAGAUGGUCUGCGAUGGAUGCGCUCGAAUCCCUGUGCUAUACACUCUUGGCGUGCGGGCGAAAUGGCUCCUCAACGACGAGGACAAGGCGGUCAUUGACGAGGUGCUCGACAUUCGAACGACUACAUCGAAGAAGGCACCGGACGUGAGACGGACGGAAUUGGUAGAGUAUCUCGCUCAGCCGCUGUUGGAUCUGGUAUGCAAGAAGACGGAAAGCCUGGCACAGAGCACCGUGGGUUGUCUGGCGAUGACCGAGAUACUGUUCGAAGCCCACACUGAGGGCACGACCGAGUUACGGGAGCAGGCGAAGCACAGAGUUGCAGAGCUUGCUCAAGGUGAUCCGAGUGUAGAGGGUAACUUGGGGCAAAACGCUGCGGCUGGCCGAAUGCUCAAGAACCUUCUGUUGGGCGGCCCAUUCGAUCUCGCGACUCGGGACGUGAAGUUGGCGGAACCGACAUUGCGCUUCGCAGAUGCACUCUUCCCGGUGAUUGAAGAGCACCUGGUAACAUGGGCUUGCGGCCCGAGCUCUUUCGUUGUCGUGGCGUUGCUGGAGAGUCGGGACGUGCCGGAGGAGGUCAAGGACACUGCAGUAAAGAGGCUUGUAAGCGGGAAGAAGCAGAUUAGGGACGCUGCUGGGACUCAGGAGAAAAGAAGCAGCGAGACAAGCGUCGAAAACGGGAAAGCCAAGAAGAAGGGCAAGGGUAGUGGCAAACCUGAGCACGGGAAUGCUGGAGCGAAGAUUCUGUUGCAGAAGAUU